AUGGAUCGAUUAGAUGAUGCCAACGGUUACGCCAACGCUGCUUAUAUCGAGUAUACUACACCACACAGUCUUAAUUAUAUGAAGACCAACCUGAUAAAACAGGUUAUGGCGAUGACCGUAUAUGCCAAGCCAAAGCCCCCCAACAAAUUUCUCUGCCUCUAUCUCCACAGUAUGAGUAGGUAUCCAUAUAACUUCGAGGUAACUAGCAUGUCAACCUAUGAGGAUACUGAUCGAGCUAUUGAUCGAAAUACUGAUCGAGAUAAUCGAAAUGUACUCCACUCCAUCUGCAGUUUGAUAAUCCUUCUGAGUACUAGGGUGGAUGUUGUGCCUGGCGAUACUUGCUAUUCUUGCCAUGCCCGCCCGCCUCGUCUUUCCCUACGAGUCUCUCUCUCCUCGGGGUAG